CUGACAGUUAAUAAACCCAAAAGUUUCCUAACAAUAAUAUGAUUCGUUUUUAAUGAAAAUGGUUUGAAAACCGGUACUCUUUAAUACAGUUUAAUCAAGGAUCUUUAAAAUGAGUGAAAAUUUGGAGCUGCAGCAGUUGGUCGAUGAAGAGCUGGAAGAGGAGGUUAGAUUAGCACAACCAAAGAAAUGCCGAUGUCCAUACCUGGGAUUGAUACUUGCCACCCUGAGUUCCCUGUUCUUCUCCCUAUGCUCAGUGAUCGUCAAAUGGAUGACUGAUGUGGAUCCGAUGGCCUUGGCAGCUUACAGAUAUCUGGGAGUAUUGCUACCAGCAAUACCCAUAGUCAUAUACAAAGGGGAACCACUGUUCCCCAAAGGCAAGAGAAUAAUGUUGCUGUUGAGGUCCUUCACGGGAACUGCAGCGUUAAUGUUAAGUUUCUAUGCAUUCCGGCACAUGCCUUUAGCAGAUGCCAGUGUUAUUGUGUUUUCAGUUCCAGUCUUCACAGCGAUAUUCGCCAGGAUGUUCUUGAAGGAGCCGUGCGGUUUAUUCAAUGCUUUCUCAGUUGUCGUCACUUUAAUUGGAGUCAUACUGAUAACUCGGCCGCCGAUAUUAUUCAGUGAGACUGUUGAAUCGUUUGGGGAUUCCAAUCAGAAGACCGGAGUCUGGAGCGCCGUUGCUGCAUUCUCGGCUACUUUAUUUGGAGCUAACGCUUACGUCCUGCUGAGAGCGCUCAAAGGAAUCCAUUUCUCAGUGAUCAUGACUAAUUUUGGAUCGUUUGCUUUAGUGCAAUGCUUAAUAGUCACUUGGGCUAUUGGGGCUCUGUGCAUGCCCAGAUGUGGUACAGACAGGCUUCUUAUAGUAGCCUUAGCGUUUUUCAGUUUCCUGGGACAAAUCCUGCUGACUUUGGCUCUGCAAUUGGAGCAGGCUGGACCCGUAGCAAUAGCGCGAAGUUCUGAUAUCGUUUUCGCAUUCAUCUGGCAAGUGCUCUUCUUCAAAGAAGUCCCCAACUCUUACUCAAUCAUUGGAGCCAUUCUAGUCAUGAGUUCGGUACUACUUAUAGGCUUACGCAAAUGGAUUAUGACUCUACCAGAGAAUUCUAGUCUUAGAUAUAAGUUUGGUAUAUUAGCUAAGUAAUUUUGUUUUAGUUCUAAUUAUUUGUUAAUUGUUGUCCAACGAUUUUAUUUUUUGUUUUAUUUAUUUUUCUAUAAACCG